AUGGUGCCUCUGAAGGCGGCUCUGGACAAGGAGAGCAGCGCUGCAGGCCGCAACCGGAUCCUGCGGCAAUGGCUGGGCAAGUGCAAGUCCCAGGUGGUGGAUGCUUGGUCCAGCCUGGGCUUUCCUAUGCCACCGCCCGACAUGCGAGCUGAAGGCCCAGUAAGGACGGACCUGCUGUGCCCCACAUGGCAGCCGAUUGGCCACAGCCCGGCAGUCCCCGCACCCGGCCAGAUGUGCGCGCCUGUGUCUGGUGGUGUUGCCGUGCUCGACUUUGACCAGACCUUGACCACACGGCAUGUCGGCGUCUUCGAGGACAUGGCAAGGAUCAACCGAGCCUUUGGCGGCGCAGAACGAGUGGAGUUGGUUCGCGACUUCCUGGCGCGGCUGUCUGACAUGGUCACGGUCACUGUGGUGUCGUGGGGGCGCCUGAGGGGCAAGCCGAAGGAAUUCGUGGGCCGCGUGCGCCUGGAUUUGGAGAUCGCAGCGCCCUGCGCGGAUGGUGCCUUCGUGGUGCUGCAGCACCCGGGCUGCAGGCCUUCGCCCUGGUUCCCGGCGGUUUUGCUGCAGAACGACGCCCGGGACGGAAACUCCACCUUGCUCUACGGCUGGAGCUCAGAGACACAGGGGGCCUGGACGCGCGCAACGGCUGUGCCCACCGAAGGCCUCACCUUCUACGAGUGCGUGCAGCGAGACUGGCAGCCGGACGGCGGCUUGGGCCGGGGCUACGAAUAUUUGCCCUCCUGCGAGGCAGUGCCGUGCGUAACGGGCUGCACGGUGUCGGCGGCAAGCGCCGGCUGCGGCGACCGGCUGAGUUUGGGGGACGUAUGCGCCGUGGAGUGCGCCAGGGACGGUUGGGUGAACCUUACGUGCGAUGCCCUGGCGUGGCCGGAAGAUCGCAGCGUGGAAUGCCUGGCCAAAGUGGUGUACUGCGACGAGGUGGCCGAUCCGAAUGCUGUUGACUGUGUCGACCGCGGCACGACCUCGACCUUGGUGCCCCAGGCGGACCGGCGAUUCGCUGGGUGCGCGGAGCUUCGGCCGCUCGCGCCCCUCGUGGUUGGCAUGCCAGACACCCAGAUGGUGUCCGGGGCCUACUACUUUGAAGUGGAGGUUUGGCAGACCGGGCAGGAGGCCAUUGGCGUGGGCUUCAUCGAUGGUGCCUGGAGUGGCGGCCAGGAGAAUCUUUGGUCCUCGACUUUGGGCAUCAGUCGCGGCCAAGCAGGUGCGGCCAUACGAUUCAUCGCAGAAGACACCGCGGAGAUCCGUUUCUCCUGGGAAGGGGUGUGGGAAGCCGGCCAGACCCUCCAGUUCAGCCGGUACCUGGCGCCAGUCGCGCUUGCCGAUAGAUCUUCCUGGAGGAUCCCGCAAGACGCUUGGCGAUUCCUGGCGCCCUCCAUCUUUUAUGCGCCUUUGACUCAGCGGCCCUUCCCCGCUCUCUGCAACUUCCCUUUGGACUUCGAGCUGGUGACGCCCCCGGUCUGCCCUGUGCUCGAGUCGGUCAGCUCUCCUGAAGAGUGCGCUGACGCUGGCUUUCACACCGGGGUGCUCGGAGCUGUGACGCAGGGAAGUUUCCCCGGCUGGCCGGCCAAUUGCUUCUUCUGUCCGGAGUGCGACGAUGGUGAUCUGUAUUGGAACAACGCCUCUGAGUUGGAGACGGCCAACUCCACCAUUCGCCAGGCGCCUGGUGCGGCAGCGCUGUGCCGACAGCCCCGCGGAAGUGAGGCCCAAGUGGAGACGGCGAUCAUCUAUCCAGAGUUUCGCAUGGCGGCAUCUUGGGCGUGCGAUGCCGGCUACCGUCAGAUUUUCAACGCCUCCCUUUGCGGCUCCGCAGCGGCGGCGCUGGACCUGGGCUUCGCAGUGCAGGAGGUGAGCUUGGAACCCACCGAGGCGAUCCGAUGGCCAAUGGGAUGCUUCUACUGCCCCUUGUGCGAUGUGGCCCACCUCUUCCUCAACACGGGACACGAUGAGCAGCCUGGCAACCUUAUCACAAUGCGAUGCCCGAGUUGGCCUCGCUUCGGAUGCCCUGUAAAACAUGGCAGCUGA